AUGAAGACAAAAUUGAGCACCUGCAAUGUAUGGUCUCUGCUGCUGGUUCUCCUGGUGUGGGACCCAGUCAGGGUGGUGCUGGCAAACAUCCAAGAAGAUGAGGCUAAAAAUAACAUCACCAUCUUUACAAGAAUUCUAGACAGACUGCUGGAUGGCUACGAUAACCGGCUUAGGCCAGGACUGGGAGACAGUAUAACUGAAGUCUUCACUAACAUUUACGUGACCAGUUUUGGCCCUGUCUCAGAUACAGAUAUGGAAUAUACAAUAGAUGUUUUCUUUCGACAAAAAUGGAAAGACGAGCGUUUAAAAUUUAAAGGUCCUAUGAAUAUCCUUCGACUCAACAAUUUAAUGGCCAGCAAAAUCUGGACUCCUGAUACCUUCUUUCACAAUGGGAAAAAGUCAGUGGCUCAUAACAUGACGAUGCCGAACAAGCUGCUUCGAAUCCAGGAUGACGGAACAUUGCUCUACACCAUGAGGCUUACAGUUCAAGCGGAAUGUCCGAUGCACUUGGAGGAUUUUCCAAUGGAUGCUCACUCGUGCCCCCUGAAGUUUGGAAGCUAUGCUUACACAACCUCGGAAGUCACAUAUAUUUGGACUUAUAAUGCUUCUGACUCUGUUCAGGUUGCUCCUGAUGGCUCCAGGUUAAAUCAGUAUGAUUUGCUGGGCCAGUCAAUUGGGAAGGAGACAAUUAAAUCAAGCACAGGUGAAUAUACUGUAAUGACAGCUCAUUUCCACUUGAAAAGAAAAAUUGGGUAUUUUGUGAUUCAGACCUAUCUGCCUUGCAUCAUGACUGUCAUUCUCUCCCAAGUGUCAUUCUGGCUGAACAGAGAAUCAGUGCCAGCAAGAACUGUGUUUGGAGUAACAACUGUUCUAACCAUGACAACAUUAAGCAUCAGCGCUCGAAAUUCCCUACCCAAAGUGGCUUAUGCCACCGCCAUGGACUGGUUUAUUGCUGUUUGUUAUGCCUUUGUGUUCUCUGCCCUAAUUGAAUUUGCAACUGUUAAUUACUUCACGAAAAGAGGCUGGGCUUGGGAUGGAAAGAGUGUAGUAAAUGACAAGAAAAAAGAGAAAGGCUCCGUCAUGAUACAGAACAAUGCCUAUGCGGUAGCUGUUGCCAACUACGCCCCGAAUCUUUCCAAAGAUCCUGUCCUCUCUACCAUUUCCAAAAGUGCAACAACACCAGAACCGAACAAGAAGCCAGAGAACAAGCCAGCCGAAGCCAAGAAAACCUUCAACAGUGUCAGCAAAAUUGACAGAAUGUCUAGAAUAGUGUUCCCAGUUCUGUUUGGUACUUUUAAUUUAGUUUAUUGGGCUACCUAUUUAAACAGGGAACCUGUAUUAGGGGUCAGUCCAUGA